AUGCACUUGUUUUGGAUACUCCUCAUCACUUUCACUUUCAGCCGCCUCUCACUCACAGAACAAAGUUCAUCGGACCCAUCUCCUCCUUCUUCCUCUCCUUUGUUCUCUUUCAAAGUUCAAACUUUUAAUCUCCUUUCCUCAUCACUUUGCAGCCGCCUCUCACAGAACAAACCUAUCUCCUCCUUCUUCCUCUCCUCUGUUCUCUUUCAAUCUCCUCUCCUCACCUCAUCACUUGCAGCCACCUCUCAAAUACCCAUCCCAGCCCAAACGAACGGACCGACCAUUACCACGACCCACGACGACUCGGCGGCAGCAACACGGCCCAGCCACAAGACCAGUCGGCCACGACCCACGCGAUUGCACUGCUUCACUUCAAGUUCACGGACACGGCGGCGGGCGGCGGCUACCUACCAAGAAAGGAAGAAAGAGAACGUACAAAAUAAGAGGAAUGAUCGACAAAAUCAAGAUAAGGAAAAAGACAAAGAGACUGAGAAAGAGGAUAAUGAAAAAGAAAAGGAGAAAGAGGUUGAACGACCAGAAAAGAAGCAAAGGGUUGGAAAGAAAACAUCAAGCGUGUGGGAUCAUUACACUAUGUUGCCUGAUUGUGAUCCUAAGAAGCCAAGAACUGCUUACAAUUAUUGUGGCACCGAUUAUGCAGCUGAAACAAAGUUGAAUGGGACUAGCACACUAUGGGCACAUGUGGAGAGAAAAUGUAAGAAGUGUCCUUUCAGUGACUGGGUUGAGCAAAGUAAGAAGCAACAAUCAACUAUGGAUAGAUUUACUAAAAAGACAACAACCUGCAAUGAAGAAGAAGUUUCUUCAAGUGGGAUACCGCUAAGGUUUAAUCAAAAUGUUGUUAGGAAAGUGAUUGCCGAAUAUAUCAUUAUGGAUGAGUUAUCCUUUAGGCACGUGGACGGAAAAGGAUUUCAAAAGCUCAUUAAACAUUUCUUUCCGACAUUUCAGUUCCUAUCAAGAUUUACUGUUGCGAGAGAUAUUUACAAUGUGUUUCUUGAUCAGAAGAAAGAGUUGAAGUCGAUUUUUGUGAAGCACAGAGUGUCGUUGACCACCGAUUUUUUUGCAGUGACGGUUGACAAUGCCUCCUCAAAUGACAUUGCUCUUAGAAAAUUGAAGAGGCACUUGUUGGACAAAGACAAUACCAUUCCAUUAAAUGGCAAAAUGUUUCAUAUGAGGUGUUCAGCUCAUAUUUUGAAUUUGAUAGUAACUGAUGGGUUGAAAGAGUUGAAUGAUGCAAUUUCAAUCAUUCAAAAUGUGGUGAGAUAUGUGCGGUCAUCUCCAGCUAGACUGAAAAGAUGUAAAGAAAGUUGCAAGGAUGCAAACAUUGAAUCAAAAGCCUUGUUAUGCUUGGAUGUGGUUACUAGGUGGAACUCCACCUACUUGAUGCUAGAAUCUGCUAUAAAAUUCAAGAAGGCUUUUGAGAAUUUGGAAGAAGAUGCGAACUACACAAAGUACUUUGAUGAAGAAAUAAUGGAUGGUCCACCAACCAACCUAGACUGGGAAAAAGCAGUUGUAUUUGUUGACUUUUUGAGGAGAUUCUAUGAUCUUGCUAAUCGAUUUAGUGGGUCAUUAUAUGUCACAUCCAAUCUAUUCCUUCCAGAUAUUUUGAAGGUUCAAGCUGAUUUAACUACUAUGGCUUCUAAUCCUGAUACUUUGUUAGGGGCUAUGGCAGUUAGUAUGAAACGAAAGUAUGACAAGUACUGGGGAAGGAUUGAGAAGCUGAAUAUGUUGACAUUUAUUGCCAAUAUUUUUGAUCCAAGGUAUAAAUUAGAGGUUGUGAAUCGUGGUUUCAAAUUUGUGUACACUUCAAGUGAGGCUGAAAAAAUGAUAAAGUUGGUGACAUAUACUUUGGCACAGCUGUAUGCUUUUUAUAAACAACAACAACCAUCUCAGUCAUCUUAA